AUGCUGACUGUCUGUGAUGACGUUGCUCUGUUAUAUGGCAACACAAGAGUGCAAGUUGAAUUUUAUGUCAACGAAAAUACAUUCAAAGAGCGCCUGAAACUGUUCUUCAUCAAAAACCAAAGGUCAAGUCUGAGAAUACGCCUGUUCAACUUUUCCCUCAAGCUACUGAGCUGUUUUUUGUACAUUGUUCGUGUGUUGCUUGAUGAUCCUCAGGAAAGAAAUGGAUGAUCCCCUAUAAUAUGGGUAGAAAGAAGUCUUCCCUUGUGGGGUUUACAGGUUACUGUGGCCUUGAUAAGUUUCUUUGAAACAAUGUUGUUGGCUUAUCUCAGCUAUAAGGGGAACAUUUGGGAACAAUUUCUCCGGAUACCUUUCAUCCUGGAAAUGAUUAACACUGUGCCGUUCAUCAUCACAAUAUUUUGGUCUCCUUUAAGAAAUCUCUUCAUUCCGGUGUUCCUAAACUGUUGGUUGGCCAAGCAUGCCCUGGAGAACAUGAUUAAUGAUCUCCACAGAGCAAUCCAACGGACCCAGUCUGCAAUGUUCAAUCAGGUUCUUAUUCUUAUAUCGACUUUACUGUGCCUCAUUUUUACUUGCAUCUGUGGAAUACAGCACUUGGAGAGAGCAGGGAAUAACCUGACCCUCUUCGACUCCCUUUACUUCUGCAUCGUGACUUUCUCCACCGUGGGGUUCGGAGAUGUCACCCCCAAAGUUUGGCCCUCCAAGCUCCUUGUGGUCAUCAUGAUCUGUGUGGCCCUCGUUGUGUUGCCGAUACAGUUUGAACAACUGGCUUAUCUUUGGAUGGAGAGACAGAAGUCAGGUGGGAACUACAGUCGUCACAGAGCUCAGACCGAGAAACACGUUGUGUUGUGUGUCACCUCUCUGAAGAUUGACCUUCUGAUGGAUUUCUUAAACGAAUUCUACGCACACCCACGCCUACAGGAUUACUAUGUGGUGAUACUUUGUCCUACUGAAAUGGACAUACAGGUUCGAAGAGUGUUGCAAAUUCCAAUGUGGGCACAAAGAGUGAUCUACCUACAAGGAUCAGCAUUGAAAGAUCAGGACCUCCUGAGGGCCAAAAUGGAUGAUGCUGAAGCCUGCUUUAUCCUGAGCAGCCGAUAUGAAGUCGACAGGACAGCUGCUGAUCACCAAACUAUCUUGAGAGCAUGGGCUGUCAAAGACUUUGCGCCAAAGUGUCCCCUUUAUGUUCAGAUAUUGAAGCCAGAGAAUAAAUUCCACGUCAAGUUUGCAGAUCAUGUUGUAUGUGAAGAAGAAUUCAAAUAUGCCAUGCUGGCGUUAAACUGCAUCUGUCCAGCUACAUCAACACUGAUCACUCUGCUUGUACACACUUCCAGGAGCCAGGAUGGUCACCAAACACACGAGCAGUGGCAAACGAUGUACGGCAAAUGUUCAGGCAAUGAAGUCUAUCACAUUAAAAUGGAAGACAGCACCUUCUUUGCUGAAUAUGAGGGCAAGAGCUUCACCUACACUUCAUUUCAUGCACAUAAAAAGUACGGAGCGUGUCUCAUAGCUGUGAAGAGAGAAGAAAAUAAAAAUAUUCUACUUAAUCCCGGUCCUCAGUUUCUCAUGAGUUCCACUGAUAUCUGUUUUUAUAUUAACAUUACCAAGGAAGAAAACUCUGCUUUUAUAAAGCAAAAUGAACAAAGCAUAAAUAGUAUUUCAAAUACGAUGUAUCACGGAGCUUCCAGACUACCUGUUCACAGCAUCAUCGCCAGUAUGGGCACAGUAGCCAUAGACGUCCAGGAUACAAGGUGUCGACCUCCGACUGGCCCUACUUUGACCCUCCCGCCUGCUGGCGAUAAAGAAUGCAGGAGGUCCAGCAUCGCCCCGGUUUUGGAAGUAGCGGAUGUCACCUCCAUCCAAGCUAGUGAGCUUCUAAGCGAUCAGUCGGAAGAUGAAACCAACCCUUCUGAUGAAGAAUCAUCCUCAGCCAUGGAGUAUGUCAAAGGCUACCCUCCAAAUUCACCCUACAUUGGAAGUUCACCAACUUUGUGUCACUUGCUUCGGGUGAAGGUUACAUUCUGCUGUCUUAGACUGGAUAAGGGGUGCCAGCAUAAUUACUAUCAAGAUGCAAAAGCAUAUGGUUUCAGGAACAAACUUAUCAUUGUCUCUGCAGAAACUGCUGGAAAUGGAUUGUACAACUUCAUUGUCCCUCUUAGAGCUUACUACAGACCGAAAAAAGAGUUGAAUCCCAUCAUACUGCUUCUGGAUAACCCGCCAAACGUACAAUUUCUGGAAGCAAUCUGCUGGUUUCCAAUGGUAUACUACAUGGUUGGCUGUAUUGACAACCUGGACGAUCUACUGCGGUGUGGAGUGACCUUUGCUGCUAACAUGGUGGUGGUGGACAAGGAGAGCACAAUGAGUGCUGAGGAGGAUUAUAUGGCGGAUGCCAAAACCAUCGUCAAUGUGCAAACACUAUUUAGGUUGUUCUCCAGUCUCAGUAUUAUCACAGAGCUGACACACCCGGCCAACAUGAGGUUCAUGCAGUUCAGGGCCAAAGACUGCUACUCACUGGCAUUGUCCAAACUCGAAAAGAAAGAACGUGAGAAAGGCUCCAACCUGGCAUUCAUGUUUCGUCAACCAUUUGCUGCUGGUCGAGUCUUCAGCAUCAGCAUGUUAGAUACACUGCUGUACCAGUCAUUUGUGAAGGAUUAUAUGAUAUCUAUCACACGGCUACUUCUAGGGUUGGAUACAACACCAGGUUCUGGAUUCCUCUGCGCAAUGAAGAUCACAGAAGAUGACUUGUGGAUCCGGACAUACGGCCGGCUGUAUCAAAAGCUUUGCUCUUCCUCAGGAGAUAUCCCCAUUGGCAUCUAUCGCACAGAGACACAAAAGCUCGCAACAUCAGAGGUACGGCCUUCUGCUAAUCAGUCGCAAGUGUCCAUUAGUAUCGAGGACUGGGAAGAUGCUAAAGAUGGCAAAGAGCACGCGGGUUACCGCAGCAGCCACUACCACCGCAACUCAACGUCCAGUGACCAAUCGGAUCAUCCCAUGCUGAGGCGUAAGAGCAUGCAGUGGGCGAGGCGACUGAGCAGGAAGGCACCGAAACACUCCAACAAGAUAAUGGACAGGAUUAAUUGUCAGCGCAUGACCUUGUGCAAAAGGUCAGAGAGGCAAGAGCUGGCUGAACUGGUGAAGACUCGCAUGAAGCACCUGGGCCUUUCAACGGCCGAUUACGAUGAAAUGAAUGAUCACCAGAACACACUGUCAUAUAUUCUCAUCAACCCCUCCCCAGACACAAGGCUGGAACUGAAUGAUGUUGUCUACCUGAUCCGGCCGGAUCCUUUGGCUUACGUCCCAAAAAGUAAACCCAGUCUCAAGAUCAGCGUGUCUGGAAACAGCGAGGGUGGCCGGGAUACCAGGGAGAACACCCAGCUUUAAUCGACCGCCCUGCACCGUAGGGAAAGACCACGGCCACAAAUCCAACAAGAAGUGUUCUGGCUUUCUCCGCUAACUUAAGAAACUGGAUGAGAAACAAGCAGCUUCACGUUAGUGACUUGUUGGACACAUUGUGCCUGCGACUAAAUUAAUUAAACCGAAUAUGUAGCUUCGUCCCGUGGACAAAGUCACAAGGUGAUUCAAGCAAGCCUGAAGCUUUGUAUCAUUACCGAGCCACAUGCUAUAAUCGUGGCUCUGCUCCUUGAAACACAAUAAUUAACUCGGAAAACGCACUUAGCGGGAAGAAAUGCAGUGAGAUUAAUUCAAUUUCUCACCAUCUAUCUGUUGCAGGCUAUGGAAGUCUAGCAGCAAAUUAGUCCACAUUUAAUAUGCACAAUGAAUGUAUCUGUUGGUGGGGGGAAAUAAAUGAGGUUUACUGGAAGUCAAUUAGAAAUUAACAUAUUCUGGUAUUAAUUUGUAAGUAAUCUGCGUAAGACGAAGCUAAAAAGUAUUGGAAAGGCGCAUUUCUCCUUUGUUUGCCCUUUCCGGCUUACUGAAUGUAAAGUAGUUAUUAUUUUCUUGAUAAAAACAUAAUUUUAUAAACUUAAAUCAAAGAGCACCUUGAGUCAAAAGAACAUUAGGGAGUUUUCCAACCUAAUGUAACCAUUUCCCAGUGUCAAGCACCCAACGCAACACAGGUGGAGACACUGUGGUAAAGGGUCAGGAAUUAUCAAUGCCGAGUUCAGUCACAAUGUUGACCUUCACUGACCUCAGUGAACCUUCAAAUCUCCUUGAAGUUGAAUACCAGUUUCUCAAAAGCAUGGGGUUCCCAACCUUUUUCCCAGGUUGGGAACCCUUACCCUAAAGCAUCUCCUGUCACUGCAAAAAUGACCAAAAUGAACCAAUUAGUUUACUUUAGUUUAGAGAUACAGUGCGGAAACAAGCCCUUUGGCCCACCGAGUCCACGCCGACUAGCGAUCCUCAACUAUUGUUGUCUAAAUUGCUCUCCCCCUUGUGACCACGAUCUUUCCUGACACACAGAUGGAUGUUCCAUGAGGCACGGAUUCAGAACACCUUGUCGGGUUCCAGUCCAACAUGGUCCUCUUGCAACUUACACCGCUGCUCAAUCAAAUGGUAUCAGCACCAGUGCAGGCAUUUGGACCGAUAGACUUGCCUUUCGACUUUAGCGAUACAGCGCGGAAACAGGCCAUUCGGCCCACCAAGUCUGCGCCGACCAGUGAUCGCCCCGUAUACUAACACAGUAGAGAUAAUUUGCAAUUUUACCGAAACCAAUUAACUUACAAAUCCGUAUGUCUUUGGAGUGUGGGCGGGAACCAGAGCACCCAGAGAAAACCCACGUGGUCACAGGGAGAACAUACAAACUACAUACAAACAGCAGCCGU